GGGAUCGCGCUCGCUACGCGCCGCCCGCCCAAACGAAUGCGCCCGCGCAUCUUAAUCAUAACACCACUUCAGUACAAAUUUUCUAUUAAAACGACGUAACAGCGAGCUGCUACGAUGGUUGCGGGAGACGUAACCAGGCGUGCAUCCAUCACAGCGCCGUCGAUGCACCGUCGGCCUUCAGCGCGACGCGGCUCACUCAUCAAAGGCUCACAGUCUACGUCACAGGAGGUGCCAUGGGACAUUAUCGACCGCUGCGCCCUACCGAUAGUACUGUGUCAUGCCUUGGCCGUGGUGCUAUCAACGGUGUUGAAUGCCCUGCAUCUAAGCUCCGUGUCAGUGUUCACACUCUUCCUCUGGUUCUCAAUCUCCGUCACCGGAUCUCUCUGGUUCUACCAUAAUCUACAGGUAACUGCAGCUGGAAAAGCUGUUCUGGUGACGGGCUGUGAUAACGUGCUGGGAAAUGCUCUCGCAAGACGUCUGGAUGAUCUCGGCUACCAUGUCUUCGCUGGAUUCCAAAGUAAAGCCGGUAACAUAGACGCCGACAUGCUCAAAGAAGACUGUUCUGGAAGACUGCACACGCUUCAACUUGACAUUACGUCAGAAACUCAGAUUCUCUCAGCGUCUCUAUACAUCGUGGAUCACCUGCCAGAGGGCGCGCAAGGGCUGUGGGCCGUUGUCAACUGCGAAUCGUGGUGUGCACUUGGUGAACUAGAAUGGGUGCCUUUCUCCGUCAUCAAGCGCGCGAUGGAUGUAAACUUGCUUGGUCCAGCUCGACUGGUGCAGGUGAUGCUACCCUUGGUGAGGCGUGCUCGAGGCCGUGUGGUGCUGGCCUCUUCGAUCCUCACCCACGUCGCAGCCCCUGUGCGAGGCGUCCAUGCUGCCUCGCUUGCUGCUUUGGAUGCUCUAGCUGCCUGCCUCCGCCGCGAGCUAAAACCACGAGGCGUCGAUUGCGUGGUGGUAGCAGCUGGUGAAUACACAACAGGCAGCGCUUGGCUCUCCGAAGAGAAACUUCUAGAACAAGCCCGUGAUAUGUGGAAGAGACUCAGCGACGAACAAAAAGGCGCAUACGGUGAAGACUACUUCGAAAACGCCCUGCGAAGCCUCGAGAAGUACACUAAAAGCGCCGACGCCGACCUGACCGCCGUGACACGUGCCCUCAGUGAUGGAGUGACACGCACGUUCCCGCUCGCACGCUACACGCCCGUCUCCCCCCGAGAGAAACUAAAGUCCUUACUCGCCGAGCACAUGCCAAGAUCCCUCUACGAAGGCCUCUACACUGAUUAAGCCUGCUCAACUCCAACAACUGAUAACCUCGGUUUACCUCUCACUAUAAACCUUUAUAUCUAUAACAACAAAUUUAAAUUUACACAGCGGGUGUAAAGGUCAAAUGUGAAAAACAAAGUAUAACCGACGGCGCCGUUCAUACCUACCAUGUAAAUGCGAAUUCGCUUUCAUCUCGAACUUUCAGUUUACGGGAUGAAAAUGUUAAAGUUAUGAUAUUCGCGGUAGGUCCUAAAAUAUAUUUAUUGUUACCAUCUGGAGAGUAUGCCAUUCGUCAAAUCAUUUUAAGACGGUACGAUGCUGGAAUAUCGUUAUUCAAGGAAUUGCACUGGAAUAUACAAAUAUAGAUGUAUUCAAGGAGCUGGCAUACUGGUUAUCUUCGUGCAAUAAACAAUUAGCAUCUACAUAAUACGUGGGUAACGUGGUUCGCGUGUGCCAAAUGAAACUCUCUUGCCGAG